AGAGAAGUGAUAAGCUGAGAAUGCUUCGUGCAAAGAAUUCGCGUGGCGUUGCUGCACCAGUUGAGGUUGAUGGCGAUGAUGGUGCUGGAUUUGUUCGCAAUUAUUCAGCUGAAGAUUAUGUUGAUGACGACAUAACUUUCCAAAACGAAUUAGACAUUAAUAGCAGAACAGUCAACAGUAACGAAGACAGCGAAGUUUCCGAUACAAAUGAAGGGAGUUCCGCCGAUACGCCUCUCAUCAGAGCAAUUGAAGAUGAUGGUGCAUUUCCGAAAGCUCGACAUAUUUUCGGUUUCAUGGGGUUCCUUGGAUUUGCCGUAGUCUACGCAAUGCGUGUUAAUUUGUCAGUAGCUAUAGUGGCUAUGGUAAAUCAAACAGCCAUUCCGCAAGAUAAUAACACCAGUGUUGAUGAUACGUGUCCAGUGCCACCACCAACUAAUAAUACAGUUCCAGCGAAGGAGGGUGACUUUGUGUGGGAUGAAGCAACACAGGGCUUAGUCUUGGGUUCCUUUUUUUAUGGUUAUGUCUUGACACAAGUACCUGGUGGCCGGUUGGCGGAGCUUAUGGGCGGAAAACUGAUCUAUGGCUAUGGUGUGCUAAUUACUGCAAUUUUCACUAUGCUAACACCUAUUGCCGCAUAUUGGGAUUUGCCAAUGCUAGUGCUUGUUCGCGUGUUGGAAGGUAUGGGUGAAGGAGUAACCUACCCAGCGAUGCAUGCAAUGCUGGCACACUGGAUACCACCGCUGGAGCGUAACAAGUUUGCAGCGAUUGUGUACGCCGGCUCCAAUAUAGGCACAGUGAUAUCCAUGCCAUUGGCUGGUUGGUUGUGCUCUUUAGAUUUCCUUGGAGGCUGGCCAUCAGCAUUUUACAUAUUCGGUUUACUGGGCAUAGUUUGGUUUAUAUUUUGGAUGUAUUUGGUGUAUGAUAAGCCAAGUAUACACCCAAGAAUAUCCUUUAAAGAACGAGAUUACAUCGAACAUAGUAUACGGGCAAUGCAACCACGAAAUUACAACGAAUUAUUGUCAGAAACCGAAAGUGAUGUUGUACAGGUUACUAAUGAAAUAAUACCCUGGGGCUCUAUUCUUACUUCAGUGCCGCUGUGGGCGAUCCUGGUAACACAAUGUGGUCAGAGCUGGGCUUUUUAUACGCAACUAACCGAACUGCCGACUUAUAUGAGUAAUAUUCUGCACUUCGAUAUCCAAUCAAACGCAAUGCUAAAUGCAAUACCAUACUUCACUAGUUGGAUAGUGGGCAUUGCCUGCUCCAGUUUGGCCGAUUGGAUGCUGGAGAAACGGUACAUUUCGCUGCUCAACUCAUAUAAACUAUGGAAUUCAAUAGCGUCCAUAAUACCGUCCAUUGGACUACUGGCCACUGCUUAUGUUGGUUGCAAUUGGAUUUGGGUUACAGUAAUGUUGGCCGGUGUAGGUUCGUUUGGUGGUGCAGUCUAUGCCGGCAAUCAAAUGAAUCACAUAGCUUUAAGUCCACGUUAUGCUGGAACAAUGUACGGCCUAACUAAUUCCGCAGCUAAUAUAUGUGGCUUCUUAGCGCCUUAUGUAAUUGGACUAAUUAUAAAUCAUCACGAAACAUUGGCACAAUGGCGUAUAGUAUUCUGGCUAGCUGCUGGCGUAAAUAUAGGCGGUAAUUUCAUAUAUUUAAUAUUUGCAAGCGCCACUGAACAGACUUGGUCCCGAAAUCCGCGUUUGGCAGCCACACAAACUGUGCUUUCAUAGAACAUAGAACUCUCUGUUGAUGUUUGUAUAGGCAAAAUGCUGUUGUAAACAGACCAAAAUGACGACAACUCAGUGAUAAACGAUUGGAUGCUAUUAUUUCUUGAGUACCUACAUAUGCAAGUGUGUGAUAACUACAUAUAAUUUUUACUUUCAAAUUUAUGGAAUUGUACGAGCUGCGCGUUUAUGUAUUUAACUGUAUAAACUUACAUACCAAUAAGCAGAUAUGCUUUAUAUGUAAUUCCUAAAACAACGUAGAAAACUGACAAACCGACUAUGGGUGCUCGGAAUUUUUGAAUUCCAAACUUUUCGUAUGUAACUAUUUAACUGUAAACUCUGUGGUAUAUGUAUAAAAUAUUACUAACGGAAUCAUCAAUCCUAACGGUACGAAAUGCUUAUUAUGAAACUUGCAUACGUAUGCCUUAGUUAGUAUUAUAUUUUACAUUCUCAAAUGUAUAUAAAUAUGUAUAUGUAUAUACGUAUGCAAGUAUUUGAUUUAUUACUUUACACACAUUUAAAUGCUUUAAAUUUUCUAUAAGCGCAGAAAUACCAUUUAGUACCCUUUAGAAUAUAUGACGAUUGAUAACGAUUUACAUACUAUGCAAGUAUCAUUCCAAUGAUCUUUUAUGUAAGUUUUAGAUGAAAACUUAAUUUAUUGUGUUAAUAAAGUGAAUCUAGACUCUUUUAUAAAAA